AUUUUGUCUCGGCGCAUCUUCGCCCAUGUCGAAAAUGACGUCCAAGUCAAGCUCACCGCAGCAGUUUCAAGGUUCACUGCCUCCAUUCAGCUCUGCACCGUAGUGCGCAUGAGCUUCAGACAUGCGAUGCUGUUUCGAUUUAAUGUGCAUUGCGUUUGUUCGAUAUUGGUCCAAUAGAGAUGGGCGUUGAAGUGCCGCACAGGGUUGUAGUCUGAGAGCAGUCAGAAGGUGAAGUCCAAGUGGGAGUCAUGCUUCUUCACAAUUGCAUCGCCCUUGCAAGGGUUAUCCUUGUAACUUAGCCCAUCAAUGGACAAAAUGUUCCUGGCGAUGCAACGUCAUUGUUGUUGGUCAAGACAUGCGUAUGUGAGAAGCUGUUCGGACUUCACACGCAGCUCCAGCAUAGGCCCGAGCAUCGUUUUUCCUUUCGCUAACGCUCAGUCGAAGACUGUCCUAGCACAAAAUGGCUCCAACUCUCGAACACCACUUCACAGUCCGAGCAUACUUCGAUGGUCCCAACAUCCUCAAUUGCGGAACAGUCAAAGGUGGACCACAAAGAACAGUCCUCAACCCGCAAACCAACACCAGCCACCUUGACGUCCGACUCAGUUUCAGAACACCCGAGGGUCACGGCAUUUAUGUGCAUUAUGAUGGCAUGAUGCAAGUGGAUGAAGCUUGCCUGGCAGCAAUCCUGAACAAGGAUGCUAAGACAACACAAUAUGGCGACCAUGAACUGUUCUCGACGCCGAUUAUGGAGACGAGUGAUGAGAGUAAGAAGUGGAUUGAAAGCUCCAGCUGGGUUGCAGAAGGGCGAUGGGUUGUGGAGGACGGCAAGGUCGCGAUUGAGUAUGAGGUAUACCGUGUCCGACCAACGAAGAAGUGAAAGACCUGGACUCUGUUGCU